AUGGUGGAAGCGUUGGACACUGCCUCGCGCCUUGUAUGUUCGAUUUCAUCGUCCAUGGAGAGAGCAACUGCCACCCGUCUAUUGAUGAUAUUCAAGACCAUGAAUCAAAGUAACACUACAAAAGGUACAUUAUAAUAAUAAUUUAAUAAUUUAUAAAGCAAUUUUUACAUAACUAUUUCAUUGUUACCAUACUUCGAACCGAUAACACUAGUACGCGUUAUUUUGUCAUUAUCCAUGUAGAUUUCUCAAAGUGAAGAUGAAGCCUCUUUUCGAAUCAUCGUCCGUUCGGACUCGGUCAUAAACUGCUUUGCACAAGCUGGAUAUCAUGGCGUCGCAAAAUUAGAACUGAAGAAAGAGCUUCUCACCGAACUUUGUCAUUUUUUUGUGAUUGACAAAGCCAGGAGUGCCCUUGAGCAGUUUAAGGAAGGAUUGCGGACGUUGGAUAUAUUGAAUUUAGUAAAGGAAUUCCACACUUUAUUUCGUCCUUACUUCUGCUACACACCGAAAACAUUGACAGCAGCUUGCAUUGAUGCAAUUUUCACGCCAAUCCUAUCCGAAGAUGGUUGCAGAAUCCGAGAGAGGGAGGAACUUGUGAUAAUGCAUUGGCGUGAUUAUCUACAAGAACGUGAAGGUAAUUAGGCGAUCCAAUGCAGAUGUAAUGUAGAGAAAGUCCCCCUGUCUCACUAUACUGUGUAUCGAAAUGGUUUUGCAAUUCCCUACCUCCCCCAAGAGGAAACAAUGCAUUUUCUAUACAAUGAAAUCAUGUAGGGGGGGGGGGGACUUUCUAUGACUACUGUCUUUGAGUUGAUGACGUAUUAAUGACUAUGUUUUAUUUGCAGAUACUUCCAGUGUUAAUGGGUCAGAGUUUGUCGUUACAUUGCCGUCAAUUUUGAUAUUUGCAACAGGUUUGGAUGAAGUACCUCCACUGGGAUUCCGCCCUAAACCAAGCAUACAUUUCUGA